UUGGGGACUUGUAGGAAGGAAACCUUUGAGGGGAGCUGUAGGUGGGGCUGUGGUGUGUUUGCUUGUUUUUUUAUUUGUUUUUAACAUGGAAUUGACUUGCACAUAUUUCUCACCUCGAGAGAAGAUGAUGCGGAGGAGAAGGGUGCUAUGAUGGUUAUGCUCUCAGAAAGACAGGAAGCUAUGACAGCGGAGUACAGGUGCAGGGGCCCUCAGUCUCCGUCAAGAAGAGACUCAGGGAAGUAAGCGAGAAUGGUGUUCACGCUGUGACUUUGUAUGGAAUCAGAAAAGCGAAACUGCAGCAAGUUCUAUUUUCCUCUGCCUUCUUGCUAGCCAGCAUACAGCCACUGUAAUUGCAGAAUCUAAAAAACCUGUCCCUUCUACCAUUUCUUUAGUCCUAAAUCUCCUUUUCCCUUCCCCUCCCUAGCCGUCCCACCCCUACUUCCUCUCCUCUCCCUCCUGCUGCCAGUUCUCCGGUUACUUCCCUCCUUGCUUCUAUCCCAGCCUGGUGCAAACUGCCUAGGAGGGCAAGGGCGAGGGAGUGGGAGAGAUUGGCUGAGGACUCCACAGCCCAUCAGCUAGAGAGCGAAAGAACUAAGUCAGUCUCUCUCUCUCUCUCUCUCUCUCUCUCUCUCUCUCUCUCUCUCUCACACACACACACACACACACACACACACACACACACACACCACACACGUGUACACUAAAAAACUCGGACCAGCAGCGCCGCAGCUACUCCAAUCCCUGGAAAAGGCGGUCGAGCGCCCUCCGGACCGCUGCGCACAGCCCGGGCUCCGACCCCGCUCCGACCCGGCGCCCAGAGCAGCGCUAGUCCUAGUCCCUACAGCGGCCCGUUUGGCCAGGUGUUCCCAAAAAUAAAGCGAGGCGGGAAGGUACAGACAAAUCCUGAAAACACCCGGGCCACACACGCCGCGACCUACAGCCGUUUCUCAGCGUUGGAGUGGAGACGGCGCACGCAGCCCCGGCGCUGGUGAGGUCCGCGCGGCUGCCGGGAAGAGCCCACCUGCCGGGCUGCGCUCGGCCCGCGCCGCAAGUGGGGCUGGCCGCUAUCUCGCUGCACCCGGCCGUGACCGGGGCUCCGUGAGCCCUCGCCCCAGCUGGUUUGGAGUUCAACCCUCGGCUCUGCCGCCUGCUCCCUGCGCCUUCGGAGUGUCCCGCAGCGACGCCGGGAGCGGACGCGCCGCGCGGGUACCUCGCCAUGGCUGGGGUGAGCAGGCUGCUCUUUCUGUGGCUGGGCUGCUUCUGCGUGAGCCUGGCGCAGGGAGAGAGACGGAAGCAACCUUUCCCGGAGCUCCGUAAAACUGUAUCAGGUGACCGCACGGCAGGUGGUGGCCGGGACUCCGAGCUGCAGCCGCAAGACAAGGUCUCUGAACACAUGCUGCGGCUCUAUGACAGGUACAGCACGGUCCAGGCGGCGCGGACACCGGGCUCCCUGGAGGGAGGAUCGCAGCCCAGGCGCCCCCAGCCUCUGCGCGAAGGCAACACGGUUCGCAGCUUUCGGGCGGGAGCAGCAGAAACUCUUGAAAGCAAAGGACUGCAUAUUUUCAAUCUGACGUCGCUAACCGAGUCUGAAAACAUUUUGUCUGCCACACUAUAUUUCUAUAUUGGAGAGCUAGAAAACAUCAGCCUGAGUUGUCCAGUGUCUGGAGGAUGCUCCCAUCAUGCUCAGAGGAAACAUAUUCAGAUCGAUCUUUCCGCAUGGGUCCUCGAAUUCAACAGAAACCAAAGUCAACUCCUUGGCCAUCUGUCAGUGGAUAUGGGCAAAUCUCAUCGAGAUAUCAUGUCCUGGCUGUCUAAAGAUAUCACUCAACUCCUGAGGAAGGCCAAAGAAAAUGAGUAUUUCCUCAUAGGAUUUAACAUUACCUCCAAGGGACACCAGCUGCCAAAGAGGAUGUUACCUUUUCCAGAGCCUUAUAUCUUGGUAUAUGCCAAUGAUGCUGCCAUUUCUGAGCCAGAAAGUGUGGUAUCAAGCUUACAGGGACAUCGGGAUUUUCCCACUGGAUCUGUUCCCAAGUGGGAUAGCCACAUCAGAGUUGCCCUUUCCAUUGAACGGAGGAAGAAGCGCUCUACUGGGGUCUUGCUGCCUCUGCAGAACAAUGAACUUCCUGGGGCAGAAUACCAGUAUAAAAUGGACGAGGUGUGGGAGGACAGAAAGCCUUACAAGACCCUUCAGACUCAGGCUCCUGAAAAGAGUAAGAACAAAAAGAAACAGAGAAAGGGACCUCAUCAGAAGAGCCAGACACUCCAGUUUGAUGAGCAGACCCUUAAAAAGGCAAGGAGAAAGCAAUGGAUUGAACCUCGGAAUUGUGCCAGGAGAUACCUUAAAGUAGACUUUGCAGAUAUUGGCUGGAGCGAAUGGAUUAUCUCCCCCAAGUCCUUUGAUGCCUAUUAUUGCUCUGGAGCAUGCCAGUUCCCCAUGCCAAAGUCUUUGAAGCCAUCAAAUCAUGCGACAAUCCAGAGUAUAGUGAGAGCUGUGGGGGUCGUUCCUGGGAUUCCUGAGCCUUGCUGUGUACCAGAAAAGAUGUCCUCACUCAGUAUUUUAUUCUUUGAUGAAAACAAGAAUGUAGUGCUUAAAGUAUAUCCUAACAUGACAGUAGAGUCUUGCGCUUGCAGAUAACUGCAAGCAAUGGCAUAUAAGUCAUUUGAAUGCAUAAUUCAAUCAUUAGUUUAUUUUUAUGGACUUCUUCUUCUUCUUCUUUUUGCACUGCCAAUGCAUUUUGUUUCAAAAGAUUAUUUCUAUAGUCAGAUGGGAAUGAGCAAAUAGAUUGAAGAUUUCCCCCAAGCAGAAGGACUGUAUUUGCUUCUGAAUGUAACUUAAAACAAAAUUUUAGUAAAUAUGGACAUCUAUUUCUCUUUUUGUAAUCAAACACAUAAACUUAUCAGACUGUUUUUGGAACUGUUAGAGAACACACUGGUUUAUUUUUGUAAUGGCCUUUGAAAAUAGAAUGGAAAAACAGCAAUAGCCUGUCAUUUAUCUCUACUCAUUUAAUGACUAAAGGGAAAUAGAGAGUAAUUUCAUGUUUCGAAUUAGGCUUAUUGCCUUAAAUUCCUGAGAAAGUGCUAAAUAAUCAACUCUGAUGUUUAUCUUAAGUUGUUGAGACUUUUGUUUACCCUUGUUUUUCCCCCACAUGUCAUUGUGUAAGUGUAAUGGAAAGUGUGUGCUGAGCGUUAGUGUAUAUGUAUGUGUGUACAUGUGCCAGGUGCCUGUGCCCUCUGUAGGAUGGUUUGCUUAAUAUGGUUUUAUAAUUCAGUUUACACAGAAUUCUUUAUAUUUUUAAAUUUUAUGUUUUGGCAAACACCAUUCAGUUAUGAGAAUGUUGCCAAAUAUGAUAGAAUAAUCCAAGAGCAUAUACAGAGAGUUACCACUUGACCCAGCUAUCAAUUGCAAAUACAGUUGUUUUCAUUUCAUUUCCUACCAGAAAAAGAAAUCAGCAACCCAGUUUUAGAAAACACAAGCGUAAUUCCUCUUCUGUACUUCUUUUACACAAAUGAUUUUGUUUAUUCUAAUUUGAAUUUUAAAAUCCUUCCUAAAGCCAUUAACUUUUUAAUUCUCUUUAUAUGCCUUUACUUCCUAUGAAGUUAUUGAUAGAUGUCAAGGUCCAAAAACUGAUGGAAUAUUGAAGAUCUUUUUAAAUGAUCAAUUUAACCAUAAUCAUAUAUUGAGUAUCUUUCUUCAGUCACAUCUAAGUCAGGCACUUUUUCACAUAGAUCGGGACUUUAGCUCAGUCUUAAAAUCUAUACUGUAGCAAAGCUCACUAAACACUAUUCACCAGGUAUGGGAAUCAAAUAUAGACAUUUGUUUAUCUUUGUUUUCCAUUUUUAUGUGUCACAUAUAUGUGUCCUCUUAUACUUUUACUCUUGAACAUUAUUUCAAAAACCUUCUUCUCACUGUAUUUGUUUUGUGUGUCGGAAAUGUUUUCAGGCCACAGAUCAUUGUUACUGCUAAUCUGUGGUUAAAUCUCAUUUCAGUUCAGUCUUACCUGAUAGUUAGAAACAUCUCAGCCAUUUCAGAGGCUAUGCAGUAUCAGAAGACAUGGAGUUUGUUCUGUCUCUGCUUGUAGCUAAUUAUGGUGGUUCAGUCAUUUAAUAAAUAUGUUUUGAGCAUCUAUUUUGUGAAAGGCACUGUGUUUCCUGUGUGUCUUUAGGGUCCUCACUGGUAAAAUGAAUAGGCUGGCCAUGAGCUGGAAGGGUUAAGUUUAUAAUUCCAGCUAUUUCAUAUCAGUUUUCCUUGAAGGAAUGAUAGUGCAGAUAUAAAAACACUGUAAGUCCCUCUUUUAAUAAACUAAAAGCGAGAACAUCCUGUACUUCACUGUUCAUAAACUAGUAUGGCAUUCACUUUGGUUUAAGUGGUGUUUUAUUAAAAUCCCAUUAAAAGAACCCAUGAAAAGAAGCUCUUUGAUGCCUUCAGGUACACACAUGUUGGUGUGGUGUGUGUUAAUUCUGUGAGUGAGACACAUCAGUUUUCAAAGAAAUGAGUGAAGUUCUGGUGCCUAAGUUACUACACUUUCUUCUAGUUCACUUUUUGUUACUGUAGCAUAAAAUUAAAGAUUCAAAGUGAGAUGGAGGACAUAAUUACUUUUUAAUACAUGCUCUCAAACAUUUGAAAAUAAAGGUAUAUGAUAGAAGUGGGCCAGAGUGUGACUACAAUUCUGAUCAUACUGUCUUUCAAUAAGAAAACUUUUGCAUUGGUAAAUUUGGUGAAAUUCUAAAUUUAGUAUUUUUCUAGAGAUGUAUCAACCAAAACUUCUGGCAAUUCCCAGUAUCACUUCUUAUCUUCUUAUAUCCAAGUAUCUGUUUGUUACCUUUCUUAAUUUGAACCAAUGUGUACUUAUUACAGAUAGCACCCCACAAUGGCCAAACACCCACUCUAUAAUAAAAUUUACAAGUACCAACUAAUAAUGAUUAUAUUUUAAGUAGCAAUUGAUAUAAAAUUACAGCACAAUGAAAAAAACUUGGUAAUCUGUUAGCAAUGGAAAUAGGUUUUAACUAGUAGUUUUUCUGGGUGCUUUGUAACUAUCAUUUUACAAAGAUAAAAUUCCUCCUGAAUUGAGGACGUAUUAUGGUAUAAAUUGGAAAAGUUUUAUUUCCAAAGGAUAAAGCAAGAUCACCUUUCAGUAGUAGAGACUGAAGUAAAUGUAUUAAUAUUUUAAUCAAUACAAAUUUACUAAGAAUAGUUAGAAAAUUGAGUAAGUGCCUGAUUUACAAUUUGUUAGGUACUCAUUUCUGUAUAAUUCCUACAUAGACAUUUAGAAAUCUCCUGAUAUUAAAUUAUUAAAUUGGGAUUCAUGAGAAGAGAAGCUACAAUUAUAAACGCAGUUUGCUAAAUCAUGCAUAAUACUCUCUCUCUCUCUCUCUUCCCCCACAAGUAAUCCCUCUAUCCCUAUUUCCAGAUGCAGCUCAUACACACACACACACACACACACACACACACACAGUCAGUUACUGAAAAAAAUAAUUCUUCUUUUUUAAACUUUUUAAUAUGGAAUGUCGCUCUUAUAGCCCAGGCUGGAGUGCAGUAGCACGAUCUUAGCUCACUGUAACCUCUGCCUCCCGGGUUCAAGCGAUUAUCCUGCCUCAGCCUUCCAAAUAGCUGGGACUGCAGGAGCCCACCAAUGCGCCUGGCUACUUUUUGUAUUUAAUAAAAAGAAUUCUUUUUGUUCAAUUAACUGUUCUCUUUAAUUCAAAUUAGGGGACUGCCAAUGUCAAUAGAAUAUUUUUUAAAUACUCUCUUGUAACCUGUGUAAAUGAUAUACAAUUUACAGGAUUUGGGGUUGUGGAAUUUAAACUGGAAGAUUGGAUUCCUCAUAUCUCAGGACUACAAUAUUCCAGAUAAAUUUUUACAUUCCCUUUGCUAUAUAUUAACUAAUGAUCAUUUAUAUGUUAAGAUUUUUUACUUUAAUAUUUUUAAUUAGAACUCUUAUUGCCCAUCUAAUAUUUUCAUAAGCAAUCAAAUGUAACACUGUUAACAGUAUGAUUUAUUAAAAAUGAUUAUAUAAUUACAUUAUUCAGUUAGUCUUUCGGCUUUCACUUUUCUCUGUGCUAACAAGUAACUAAUGUCUGGGCAUUGACUUCUUACUGAAUCAAAGUUGGGUUAAGAAAUAGCUAUGCACACCUGAUGUGUAAAAUUAAAGAAGAGAUUAAAUAAGAAAUCUUGGAUAUGUCUGACUUUUCUGUAUAGAUCUUUUUUGCCCCCGAGUUGUUUUUUAAUGUAGUUUAUAAGUGAUAAAAUAAUCCUUAUUUUCUAAAAACCAGUCCUUCUCUUCAGCUUUCCACACUAGUUUCUGUAAAUGUUUUCGUUGAGAAUUUAAUACUUGUACAGUCAAUGGCAAUUUUAAAUAUAUAUAUUAUAUAUGUAUAUGGAAAAAGUGUAAAGAUGCUUUUAAUUUAUUUAAUGACUAUUGCCUUCCUAUAAUGAUAAUAAUUUUCAUCCUUAAUUAUGAUUAUAAUUUUAGUUAAAAAAUCCUUUUUGCUACAGUUUUUAGAUGCAAAAUACAGUUUGGUUCUUUAGGCAAAUCCACUUAAAGGAUAUAUUGCAGUGAAACUGUGAAGAAUGCUUCACUAUCAAUGUAUAAGCUUUGUUGAAUUUGUAUCAUUUUCUUUCAGUAUGAAAAGCUAUUCAUUAUACAGUAUAAAAAUAAAAAUUGCUUCACUGACCAUUU